CUGUCGGCGGAGCGCGCGCCCCCGCGUGGACGCGGACGCGGGCGCGGGCGGAGAGGAGGAGCGGCCGCCGUUGCGGGCCGGCCCGCGGGGCUGAGGCCGAGCCGAGCCGGGCCCGCGCACCGGCCGGGCGCCCACCAUGCGGCGGCUGCGGCGCCUGGCGCACCUGGUGCUCUUCUGUCCCUGCUCCAAGGGUCUGCAGGGCCGGCUCCCAGGCCUCAGGGUCAAGUACGUCUUCCUGGUCUGGUUGAUCAUCUUUGCGGGCAGCUGGAUGGCAUAUGUGCACUACUCGACGUAUGUGGAGCUCUGCCGGGGGCACGUCUGCCAGGUGGUCAUCUGUGACCAGUACCGCAAGGGCAUCAUCUCCGGGUCCAUCUGCCAGGACCUGUGCGGCCUGCACCAGGUGGAAUGGGGGGCCUGCCUUUCCUCUGUCCCAGGCCAGCAGGUGUAUAGCGGUCUCUGGCAGGGCAAGGCGGUGACCAUCAAGUGCGGCAUCGAGGAGGGCCUGCAAUCCCAGGCUGGCUCAGACACCGUCCCUGGGAGGGAGCUGGUGCUGUUUGACAAGCCUACGCGGGGCACCUCGAUUAAGGAGUUCCGGGAGAUGACCCUCAGCUUUCUCAAGGUGAACCUGGGAGACCUGCCCUCCCUGCCUGCUCUGGUUGGACAGGUCCUGCUCAUGGCUGAUGUCAACAAGGAUGGUAGGGUGUCCCUGGCGGAGGCCAAGUCGGUGUGGGCCCUGCUGCAGCGCUCAGAGUUCCUGCUAUUACUGUCUCUGCAGAAGGACCAUGCCCCCAGGCUGCUGGGCUACUGCGGUGACCUGUAUGUCACCGAGGCUGUCCCACACAGCUCCUGGCCCGGGGCCGCGCUGCCGCCCCUCCUGCGCCCACUGCUGCCCCCCGCCCUCCAGCAGUGGCUGGGGCCUGCGUGGCCCUGGCGGGCCAAGAUCGCCUUGGGGCUGCUGGAGUUCGUGGAGGAGCUCUUCCACGGCUCCUACGGGAACUUUUACAUGUGUGAGACCACGCUGGCCAACGUGGGCUACACUGCCAAGCACGACUUCAGGAUGGCUGACCUGCAGCAGGUGGCGCCUGAGGCCACAGUGCGCCGCUUCCUGCGGGGCCGCCGCUGCGAGCACAGUGCCGACUGCACGUUCGGCCGCGACUGCCGGGCCCCCUGCGACAAGCUCCUGCGGCAGUGCAAGGGCGACCUCAUCCAGCCAAAUCUGGCCAAGGUGUGUGAGCUGCUGCGGGACUACCUGCUGCCCGGCGCCCCCGCCGACCUGCAGGAGGAGCUGGGCAGGCAGCUGCGUACCUGCACCACGCUGAGUGGGCGGGCCGACCAGGUGGAGGCCCACCACGCCCUGGUGCUGAGCCAGCUCAAGGCCCUGCUCUGGAAGAAGAUCUCCCACACCCAGUACUCCUGACCCCAGCCCUGCAGGCUGCCCGUGCCUGGAGGCUCUUGCCUUUGGGUCCCUGUCCCUCUACCUUGCCACCCAAUAUGGGCUGGGGCUGCAGGGGCCUGGGGCCCAGGCCCCCCCAGCACUCCCAACAACUGGACCCUUCUCUGGAAAGAGGCAGCAAGGACCUGGGCCUCAACACCAAGGGCUGGCCAGGUGCCCACCCUGCCAAGCUGGGUUCUACUACUGAGGAAUGUACGAUGUAAAUAAACAGCUUUUCCGUGAG